CCUCGUCCUCUUCUCUCGAAGUGAAAGGCUCGCUUCUACGUUGCCGGUUGGUCGUAUCCGCGAUUCCAUUUGUGGGUACCUUUGCUCGGUUCUCGGAUUCCUCGGUCGCUUUGCGGUCUGUUUCUUGAACCCUAACCAAAGAAUAAUCGUGUUUUUUAGGUUUCGCCCUUGAUGUCGUUCGUGUUUGUUUCACUUUUGCAAGCUUUUGUCGGUCGGUCGGUCGUAAUCGUGUCUUUCGACGUUUGCGCCUUUUACGGAUCCGUGGAGCUUUUCCUUAUUGAAAAGAUUUGUUCUUAACUGUUCUUUGUGGUAUUCCACACCGGGAUUGAAAUUUCUUGUUGGUUCAGGGUGCCUCUUUCGAAAGAAAGUUUGCACCUUUUUGGCUUAUAGGUGUUGAAAAUGGAUUUAAUGUGGGUGAGAUAAGAACAGAACGAGAUGAGGAUGCGAGAGCGGAAAUUGAGAUGGUGAGUGAGUUACAUCCAGUUUUAGGGUUGUUUGGUUGGACGAUUAAGUAAUGGAACAAGGAUUCGUCCUGUCGCCAAAGGGGCAUGAGGUCAGAUGUUGUAACCAAUAUAAUAUGUGAUUUCGACACAUUCACGUCUCGAAUAAGAAUAGUAUAGCUAAUUACGUCGUCCAGAAUAACUAAUUCUCUUGGUAUGUAUUAUUGAAUGGUGGCCCUACAAUUUUGAAGUGGAUUAUUUUCUCUUCUGCAUUGUUCUAGAAAUGGUUGACCGCAGCACACUGAGUAUUAGAGAAAAGGGGGGGGAUUAGGAAAGUAAAUGUGUAGAACUGGCAACUAGCUGCUGGUGAUGAGUGUGGAAGGAGACGGCUGUUGGUGGUGGUGAUAGUGUUAGGUUAUUAAGCAUGGUGAGUUGCAUUCGGACGGACCCAAACUUGGGCCCAUUAAGUCGAAUUCAUCAAUCAAAUGAAAUGGGUUUUUCAACCACUAGAUUCUCAAACUCAAUAAUAAAUUUGGUUUGUGUCAAACCCAUUUACUUGAUCCAAAUAACUUAAUCAAGUUGGAUCUGAGCAAAUUGAUCAAAUUUUAAGGUGGUUUUAGCUAGAGCAUUUGACUUGUCGAUUCAUUUCAGAUAAUUAGAUACUAGCAGCUUUUUUUAAGGUAAAAAGCUUUCCGAUUUUUUAUGCAUUCAAGCUCAACCUGGUUUGCUAGGGGAUACGAUGGACGCUAGAUUAUUGCAUUGGACGUCUUUGGGCACAAAAUUUCCCAACUUGUGACCUACUAUAUGAUUUGUUUUUCAUUCUUACUUUUUAGUGAUUAUCUGUCCACUCUUCCUCUUACUGUUUAUUACUAUACACAAUAAUGAAAAAAAAAGCUAGUUCAUUAUCAAAAUAAAGAAUACUUUCAAUUUCUAUUCAGAAUUGUUUAUUUUAUACUGAAACCUUGCUUCUUUUUUCAUCUUACUAACUUUGAUAUCUUCUUUUAUUUCCUGCAAAACAGCACCCUAUUAGGAUUUUCUAUUAUCCUGAUCGAUGGAUUUAAGCACCCUAUUAGGACAAAUAACACCUUGUAGUUAUAGGCUUGCAACAUACUACAUGAUCUGUUGUUAUUAACAUAUUUCAUAAUGUAUUUUGGCCUUGAUGUUUGAUCUUUUUUAUAUUUCAGGAAUAAUGACAAGUGUAGAGAGUAAUUCAGAAGAUUCAUCGGCAAAAAACUCAAGAAAGGAUCCCGGUUGGAAAUACAAUUAUCUAAAGGAUCCUAAAGAUCCUAAUGUUGUGACGUGUAUUUUUUGCGAGAAAACUACUGGAGGUGGCAUUUUUCAUGCAAAGCAACAUCAAGUAGGGAACCUUAAGAAUGUAUCAGCAUGCAAAAUGUGUCCACCUGAUGUAAAAGAAGAAUUACUGGCUUAUAUGAAUGAUAAAAAAAUACAAAGAAAUGAAUCUUAUGAGAUUUCACCCGAGGAUGAUAUUCAAUAUCUUACAGAUGAUGAUGAAGGAGUAGAUCAUUCAGAAAAUGUCAAUGCUAGUGGGAAAAGAAUAUCUCACAAAAAAGGAAAAGAAGUUAUGAUUUCCAAUAAGACUAAAAAAGGACCAAUGGACUUGUAUAUGUUUCAAGAAUCAAAGAAAGUUAUACGAGGUCAAAAAGGAGCAAAAUUAAUACAAACAGGUAUAAAUGAUGAUUGUGAUGAGGAAAUACGUGCAAGAACGAUACAACACAUUGCUCGCUUCUUCUAUCAAGCUGGAAUUCCCAUUAAUGCUUGUCAUUUAGAUAGUUUUAAAGAGAUGAUUGAAGCUAUUGGAAGAUAUGGUCCUAAAUUAAGACCGCCAAGCUAUCAUGAGUUGAGAUGUCCAUUAUUGAAAAAAGAGUUGGAGUACACAAAUGAUUUGUUGAAGGGUCACAAGAACACAUGGGUAAAGCAUGGUUGCUCUAUUAUGUCAGAUGCUUGGACCGAUAUGAGACAAAAGAGUAUAAUUAAUUUUAUGGUCAACUGUUCUUUAGGAACUAUGUUUGUAAAGUCAAUAUAUGCAUCUUCCUUUAUAAGAUCUGGAGAAAAGACAUUUGAGUUACUUGACAAGUUUGUAGAAGAAAUUGGAGAACAAAAUGUCAUUCAAGUUAUAACUGACAAUGGAAGCAACUAUGUUUUAGCUGGUGAAUUACUCCAAGCAAAAAGAGAACACUUGUAUUGGACUCCAUGCGCGGCACAUUGUAUCGAUUUAAUGUUGGAGGAUAUUGGAAAGAUUUCAUAUAUCAAGAUGACUUUAGAAAGAGCGAUAUUUCUCGUUGGAUUUUUAUAUAGUCAUACUGGGACUUUGAAUAUGAUGAGAGGAUUUACAAGCAAAAAAGAAUUAGUAAGGUAUGGUGUCACACGAUUUACUACUUCAUUUCUAACAUUGCAAAGUGUGUACCGUCAAAAACACAACCUUAUAAAUAUGCUUACCUCGAAUAAAUGGGUGUCAAGUAAAUGGGCAAAAGAUGCAAAAGGUAAGAGAGCCAGUGAUAUUAUCUCAAUGUCAUUCUUUUGGAAUCAGAUAGUAUAUACGUUAAAAGUAAUGAGCCCUCUUGUUCGAGUUCUUCGGCUUAUAUAUAAUGAAAAGAAGCCUGCAAUGGGAUAUAUUUAUAAGGCUAUGGAUAGAGCCAAGGAAACAAUUCAAAAAUCUUUUGGUGGAAAUGAAGAAAAGUAUAAGCAUAUAUUUGCGAUCAUAGAUAAAAGGUGGGAAUGUCAACUUCAUCAUCCACUACAUGCAGCAGGACACUAUUUAAACCCAGAAUUCUUUUAUAAAGACUCCUCCAUUAAGUUUAAUGUAGAAGUUGUAUCUGGAUUAUAUCAGUGCAUUGCAAGAUUGGUUUCAGACAUUGAGAUUCAAGAUAAGAUUAUCAACGAAUUAUCUUUAUAUAAGAAUGCUGAGGGUCUUUUUGGAAAUCCUAUGGCAAUUCGAUCGAGGACAACCCUAUCCCCAGCUGAAUGGUGGAAUCUAUUUGGAAAUUCUACCCCGAACUUGCAGCAAUUAGCUAUCAAAAUUCUGAGUUUGACUUGUAGUACGAUUGGUUGUGAGCGAGAUUUGAGUAUCUUUGAGAAUAUUCAUGCACAGAGAAGAAAUCGGUUGGAGCAUCAACGAUUGCAUGAUCUGGUCUAUAUAAAGUAUAAUCAAGCACUAAAGGCUCGUUAUAAUUUGCAAAAUGGUAUUGAUCCAAUCUCAUCACAAGAUAUUGAUGAUUCAAAUGAAUGGUUGGUGGGAGAAGCGGGUGCUAACUUGCAAAAUGUCGAAGACGAGUUUAUAUUUGAAGAUAAUAAUUUGACAUGUGGAGAUGUGACAAGAGUUUCAGGUGUUGGAGAAUUAAGAACAUGCACAAGACAACUCACAAAAGCAAAGUUGAGUGCAAGAGCCUUAAAUUCAUCACUUGUCAUUGUUGAAGAGGAGGACAAUUAUUUUGAUGAAGCUGAACCAAAGGAAUAUAAAUCAACUGAAGAAGAAGAGGAAGAUGAUGAUAAGUUUAAAAAUGAUGAAGUUAAUUAUGAUGAUUAUUGAAUCUGAUGUUAAUCUUCUUCUGUUUUGAUAUUUUUGUUAUUAGAAUUUGGAUAUUAUAAUUUGGUACUUUAUAUGAUUACAAUUUGAUGUGUUAUCUUUAUUUUUGAGAUCAUAUUUAUUAAUCAGAAUAUAAAUUUUAUAAAUUUUAAUAUUCGGGAGCGUCUUGCUUCGCUCGGGCGAGCGCUUAGUUAAGCCUAAUAACUCGGGAGUUUUGGGAUCUUAGCGUCUUUUGGCGCCUAGCACUCUUAAACAUUGCAUCUUAGUACAAGGACAAUUAUGAGGUUUAAUUUACUUCCUAAGAAUAAUGCUAAAUGGGCUCGAGACUCGUUCAUAGUAUGUGAAAUGAUUUAGACCUGACUUUUGAGCAAGGAAAGCCAUUUCAAAAAGAUUGUAGUAUAUAUUAACCCACGAAUAGAGCAGGUCAUAGCCUGGGUGAAUUUCAACCCUAAAGAAUCGGUACACACAUAUUAGGUGUUCUUGGUGUGUUUUAAAGUGAACGGGUAUCAUAAAUUUAUUUGACUGCAUUCGAUGUUAUAGUUAUUGCUGAAACUGGCUUCUUUUUUGUUUCAACCAUUGGGGCAUCGAUGUUUUUUUGGUCUGAGGCCUCUUCCAUGAUGACUUUGGCUACUGCAAUUUGCUCAGCCAGUAUCCCAAAGUGUCAGAUAUGUGUACCAAAUUAUGGUAUGAUUUUAUUUUUUGCUCUUGGUUCUGCAUCUCUCUCUUACACUGCUGCCACCACCACCAGGGCCCUCUUUUUUUGUGUUUUUUUUGUGGCAUGUGUGGACCUGUGGCACAUAUAAAUGCCUCUGAUAGCCAGCAUGAGACUGCAUCCCUGGAAGGCAAUUUUUGUUUUAGUUUUUUGGAUUUUAGGAUCAGGAGCUGGUUCUUUUCAGACAAGGAGUCUUACUGUCGGGACCCAGCUUCUUGUUUAUGGAUGGGGAAGUAACAGGUUGCUAUUUGAAUGUACAGUUUGGAGAGUUGUGAUUGGCCUAGAUACCCAACUACAAACUCACCUUCUUGUCUGUUCGGUUUGUGAAAUAUGGCUGACCAUCUUUUGUUGAAGUUGUACAAUUCAGAACUCGGCACUUGGGAGACUUUACCGGAUAUGAAUGUGUUUAGGAUAUUAUGUUCUGGCUUCUCUUUAAAUGGGGAAUUAUUACGUUAUAAGGGGCAUGUCAAGCCAUACGGAUUUUUCAAUGUCUGUUGACGAGUAUAACCUUGAAACAAGGACAUGAAGAAGGAUUAGGAAUACUUAUCCUGGCAGCAGUAGGGAUACUCGGUCUCCCCCUUUGGUUGCUUGUGAAAUAAUAAGCUUCAUGCUGCAGAUCAACCUACAAAUGAAAUUGAGAAGUAUGAUAAGGAAAAUAACACCCGGAAUGUUGUAAGAUGGCUGCAUUCAAGGCAUGUGGUGAGUGAGUGGUGGUCAUAGAGCACCUCGAGGUGGAAAUAAUUGUUCUGCACUUUGGUGUCGUGAAGAUGGAAACACAGGUGAAGCAGGAGCAGAAUAUGCUGUCAGAGAGAGCUGGUGCUUUUGUUUACAUCCGUGUAGUAAUGGGUUGUUGAAACAUGCAAACAAAUGUGCGCCGGCUAUAAAUCAUAGGUUAGUCAGGAAGUGUUGCUGCAUUUAGUUCAUGAAAUGACACAUUUACUGGUUUUUUUUUGCUUCGAGUACUCAAUAAUUUGCAUCGACUCAGGAUACUACUCUGCACUCUCGUAGUCAAUGUCUCUUUAGACAAAGUAUACCAUCGAGGUAACAUGGAGACUUCUUUUUCUUAUCUAACUGAUUUCUCAAUUGCUUGAGGUUUUGGUGGUGAUAGUAUACAACUGUUGUUUUUUUAUUCUUGAUGAUUCAGUCUCAGUGUUGUUAAA